UCAGGAGAUCGAGUACUGGGGCAUCAACGAGUUCUUCCUGGACACGUGCUGCAGUUACCGUUACCACGACCGCAAGCUGGAGAGCAGCCGCCAUCGCAGCUGGGACGACGAGAGCGACGUCAGCAGCAUCGACACAUCUGUGGACGAGAUAUCGGACUUAAACAGAGACAUGCAGCACUUCCAGGAGGUGCGUUACGGGAACAUCCGGAAGUGUUUGUGGCUGACGCUGGAGAACCCGGGGUACUCCAUCCCCAGCAAGCUCUUCAGUCUGGUGUCCAUCGGGGUGGUGCUCACGUCCAUCGCCACCAUGUGCAUCAACAGCAUCCCCGAGUAUCAGUUGUUUGACGAUGAGGGGAAGCUGAUGGAGGACCCGACCAUGCAGACUCUGGAGGUGUUCUGCACCUGCUGGUUCACCUUCGAGGUGGUGACGCGGCUGCUGCUCGCACCGAACAGGAGGAAGUUCUUUCAUCACCCGCUGAACAUCAUCGACAUGGUGUCCGUGGCUCCCAUCUACAUCACACUGCUGUUUGACCUGACUGUGGGGUCCGAGUCUGAACUGGGAGAUCUGGGACGACUCAUACAGGUGUUCAGGUUAAUGAGGAUCUUCAGGGUUUUGAAGUUGGCCCGUCACUCGACUGGACUGCGGUCACUGGGAGCGACGCUUCGG